AGACAGAUAGUAUACUCAGAUUUCGACGAGUAUGGAAUCAUGUUCAUCAUCAUCUUCGUCGUAUGCUCGCAUGAAGUAUGAUGUUUUCUUGAGUUUUAGGGGUGAGACACGAGGAUCAUUUUCUGAUCAUCUCUAUGCAAAUUUGAAGCGGGCUGGAGUUAACACAUUUCGGGAUGAUGAAUCGAUCCGGAGAGGCGAGGAUAUUUCUGUUGAGCUGUCAAGGGCCAUAGAGGAGUCGAGGAUAUCCAUCAUCGUAUUCUCCAAAGACUAUGCUGCAUCCCGAUGGUGUCUAGAUGAGCUUGUGAAGAUCAUGGAAUGUAAACAGAAGUUGAAUCAGAUUGUUUUUCCCAUAUUCUAUAAUGUUGAUCCUUCCGAGGUUCGCAAACAAACAAGCACGUUUGGUGAUGCAUUGACUCUACACAGACAACGAUUUGGAGAUCAAAAGGUUAAUGGGUGGAAAGAUGCACUCACUGCCGCUGCUAACAUGUCCGGAUGGGAUUUGCAAACCAUGUCAAAUGGGUAUGAGUCAAACUUCAUUGAGGUGAUUACUAAAGAAGCGCUACGAGUGUUAAAUUUUAUGCCUAUGAAUGUUGCAAAGCAUCCCGUUGGACUUGAUUCUCAUGUUAAAGAAGUCCUUGAUUUAUUAAAAAUUCAAACAAGUGAUGGUGUUCGGAUGAUUGGAAUUUUUGGUAUGGGUGGUGUUGGGAAAUCAACCCUUGCUAAAGCUAUAUACAAUCAGUUGAUCAUGAGUUUUCAAGGGUUUGAAGGUAGUUGCUUUGUUGCAAAUAUUAGACAAGAAGUUUCUAAUAAGGGACGACACAAUGGUCUAGUUGGUUUACAAGAGAAACUUCUUCACAAAACACUCAAGAGAAAGAAUUUUGAAAUUGAUAAUGUUGAUGAAGGAAUAAGUUUAAUCAAAGCAAGGCUACAAUCCAAAAGGGUUCUUAUUGUUCUUGAUGACAUAGACCACAUAAGUCAAUUAGAAUCAUUAGUAGGUCAACGAAAUUGGUUUGGUUCAGGUAGUACAAUUAUUAUAACAACUAGAGAUGUUCACUUGUUGAGUGAGCUUGGAACACAAGAGAAGUACAAGGUCAAAACAUUAAGCAUUGAUGAUUCUUUGCAACUCUUAUGUUGGCAUGCUUUUGGUGUUCCUAUAGCAUUACAGGAGUAUACUAAACUAUCCAAAACGGUAGCAAGUUAUACUGGGGGACUUCCAUUAGCACUUACCAUUAUAGGCUCUCAUUUGCGUGGAAGAUCGGUGCAAGAGUGGAUUGAAGAUAUUGAGAAAUUAAGAAGGAAUCCUCAUGACGAUAUUCAAACAAUUCUUGAAAUAAGCUAUGAUGCACUUGAUGGUGAUACUAAAAACGUCUUUCUUGAUAUUGCUUGUUUUUUUGUUGGGCAUGACAAAAAAUACGUUGCUAUGAUAUUGGAAGCUUGUGGUUUUCAUGCUGAAAGUGGAAUUAGACGUUUGAUAGAAAGAUGUUUGUUAACAACAGAUGGAGAUAGAGUAAUUAAAAAGCUUGAGAUGCAUGAUUUAGUACGGGAUAUGGGAAAAGAAAUUGUUCGAAAGGAAUCUCCAAGAAGUCCUGGCAAACGAAGUAGAUUGGUAGACCCAAAUAUUGUUUUUGAUGUUCUACAAGGUAACAAGGGCACAAAAGCAAUUGAAGGGAUGAUCAUAAACUCUAACAUGUUAAAGAAUGUGCCUUUGAGUAUGGAAGUAUUCACAAGGAUGGUAAAUUUGCGAAUACUCAUAUUUGAUGGUGUGCUUCUUAGAGGAUCAUUUAAAUAUUUGUCCAAUGAGCUUAGGCUUUUAAGGUUGCGUAAUUGCCAUUUAAGUCACAUACAAUCAGAUUUUCAUUGUGCGAAACUUGUUGAGUUAGACUUGAGCAAUAGCAAUAUCGAAGAAUUUCAACCCAAUAUGCAGCAUUUUGUAUGCUUGAGGAUGUUAAAGAUCAAUGGUUGUAAACAACUUAAGAGUACACCAAACUUUACUGGGGCACAAAGUCUUGAAGAAAUAUCUUUCGUAUGUUGUUCAAAUUUGGCGAAUGUGCACCCAUCAAUUGGAAGUUUGGAGCGGCUUGUUGGGUUAAAUUUGGGGGGAUGCAAGAAAUUGAAGGUGCUUCCAAGUAGUAUUUGCAAGUUAAAAUCACUUGAGAAGUUACUGUUAAUUGGUUGCAAGAAUUUGAGGGAGCUUCCAAAUGACAUUGGAAAAUUAGAGCAACUAAGAGAUUUAAAUGCUGUAAAAACUGGUAUCUCACAUUUACCCAUUUCUUUGGGAUGUUUGAGAAAUCUAGAGUACCUAAACCUGACAAACGAGGUGGGUUCAGUAGCUGUAGGUUUUUUUCCAUCUUCAACUGCAAAUUUAUGCGCAUUGAAAUGGCUGAGAGUGAGUUUUAACAAAUCGCAGCAAGUAGUAAAUCUUCCAAUUGCUCUUGGGAGUUUGACCUCGUUGACAGAUUUAGAGUUAUCAGGAAUUUGGUAUCUUGAAAGCCUAUCGUUGGACCUUUGUCAUCUCUCCAAUUUGAUAUGCCUCUUCCUCAAGGAUUUGCAAAAUCUUAGAGCACUUUUAAAACUUCCACCUAGUUUGGUGCGUCUUCAGGUAAUAGAUUGUGAGUCAUUAGAAAAAAUAGUAGAUAUAUCAAACUUGAGAGGACUUGAUUUGUUGAUUAUUAGGGACUGCCAAAGUUUGGUUGAGUUUUCAGGUUUAGAGAGUCUUGAAUCCUUACAAUUUCUUAUAAUAGCACAUCGCAAAGCUCUAACUAUCCCUUAUAACUAUUUGCAUGAAUACCUACAAAUUGCUCUUGGAAGUUUGACCUCAUUGGAAUCUUUAGAUUUAUCGGGGUGUGGCUAUCAUCUUCAAAGCCUUCCCUUUAGCCUUUCUCAUCUUUCUAAUUUGAAAUAUCUCAGUUUGAUUGAUUGGCAAAAUCUAAGAGCAUUGCUACAACUUCCUCUUAGUUUGGAGAUUCUCUAUGCAAACAAUUGUGUGUCGUUGGAAAAAAUACAAAAUUUGAAAAGACUGAGAAGGUUGUAUAUUUCCAAUUGUAAAAGUUUGGUUGAGCUUCCAAGAUGGGAGAGUCUUGAAUCUAUUGAGAUAAGAAAUUGCAGUGGUUUGAGGAUUCCUUCGGUUGAAAAUUGGUUCCAGGCAUGUUCUGAAGGUAAUUCUGUCCAGAUUUCGCUUGAAGUCUUUACAGAUUGUGUAAGUUGCAGUAUUCCAAGAGUUUUGGGGCAUACACCCAUUAACAUCCUUAAUUGUGGUUUUGUUGGUAAUGAGUUUGAUGGAGUUGGUGUUGGUGUUAGUGUGAGAAGCAAAAGUAAUGGUGCUUGGAUCGUAAAGGAACCUCAGGAAUAUUUUAAGUUUAAUUUGUAUGAGGGAAUUGAAUUUGAGGUGGAAACAAGGAUUGGAGAAGUAUUGGAGGUGUAUGCUCAUUUCCAUACUGUGCAGAAGAAGAUGCAGCUUUGUUUAUUUGAAAUACAUAGAAACUUAGAUGGAGAAGUGCGUUUCUUUCCAUCCACAAGAGGCUUCGUAAAAAUUGAAAAUGAUGAUGGAACAACAGAAAAUGAAAUUAGAAUAAUGGCGGGGGUACAAGAAAGUGAUGAUUCUUCAACAAGUAGUACUAGUGUAGGUGUAGAAGAAGAAGAGCAGAAGAAUUAUGGUUGGAUCAUGAGAAGAAGAUUUUGCAGAAGCAUUAUUGGGGAGUUUCUCCUAAAGUGUUUUUGAAAUACCUAU